AAAUUUUGGAUCGCUAAAACAUUUAAAUCCAAUAAUGACGACUACUUUAGAUUAUAGAAAUAAGAUAAUUCUUGCUCCAAUGGUCAGAAUCGGAACUUUACCGAUGCGACUUUUAGCCUUAGAAUACGGCGCAGAUCUAGUUUAUUCACCCGAAAUAGUAGAUAAGAAAAUGAUUGCUUCAGAACGGCAAUUCAACGAAAAGACGGGGAUAAUUUCAUAUGUAGAUAAUAAAAAUUCUGUGUCGUUUACAACUCAUCCGAUUGAAAAAUCAAAAUUAAUUUUUCAGAUUGGAACAGCUGAUCCUGAUCUCGCACUGCAAGCGGCAUUGAAAGUAAAACAAGAUGUUGCAGGCAUCGACGUAAAUUGUGGUUGCCCCAAAAAGUUUUCUAUCCAAGGUGGUAUGGGUGCGGCUUUGCUAUCAAAUCCAGAUAAAUUGAAGGCCAUAUUAAUAAAUUUAGUGCAAAAUUGUGGCCUUCCUGUGACUUGUAAAAUAAGGAUGCUAGAUACUAAAGAAAAAACAAUAGAAAUUUGUAAAAUGAUAGAAUCCACGGGAGUCAGGGCUAUCGCAAUUCAUUGUAGAACACGUGAUGAGAGACCAAGAGACCCUGGACAUUGGGAUAUCUUCAGUGACAUUGUUGAAAAUAUAAAGUCAAUACCAGUUAUUGCAAAUGGAGAUGUAUUUCAACGUUCGGAUAUAGUAAGAUUAAGAGAAUUGUCAAAUGUAAGUUCGAUCAUGAUUGCUCGUGCAGCUGAAGAUAAUGUAUCGAUAUUUCGUCAAGAAGGAACUUUACCACUUGAGGAUGUUGUUAUUUCAUACAUCAAAAAAGCAUUGGAAGUUGGCAACAGCUGGCCGAACACAAAAUAUGCCCUAAUGCAAAUGUACGCAGCACAUUCGAAAGAACCAAAAUAUAAAUUGUUAGUUCAUACAAAAUCGUAUGAAGAGCUGUGUAAAAUUUACGGCUUGGAAGCCUUUUUCGAAAAAGCGAAUUUAACUGGACUACUGGCAAAAAAUGAACCAAUAGGUGCAAAGUCCGAAACUCUUCGACUGUCAGCUUUCUUGGCAGAUAGUCUUUCUGUUGGAUGUUUAAAGGGAUUUAAGCAUUUUGAAGUAUAUGUGAGAGGUCGGGAAGAGCUGUUAUUACGCGUUUACAUUGAUAGUCAAACCAGAAAUUUAGCUGAAGAAAGCGAUAGAAUGAAAUAUAACUCUUUAUCGCUUGCAAAAUUUCAGAGUAAUGCAUUGUUUUCACCGAAAACGCGGCGAACUAACGGAUCAGAGUCUAUGGAAAUGACAUCACCGCCAUCAAAAGCAAACCAUGUUUUCUUGAUAGCUGGGUAUGCAAGAUAUAAACGUCCAUAUGUUUGGUUGAGAUCAAACCAUAAGCGAUUAAUUCAGCUUCAAGAUGAUCAAAAAUUGGAAACAGAUAAUCCUUUAAAACUUGAUACUAUAGCGGCGUGGAAAAUUCAAGAUAUAAAGUUAUGGGAUAUAAUUGCAGAAGUGAUAACGUUGAGUCUUUCACCACCACCAGAAAAUCCAUUUGAAAUAGAUCAUUCAUACUAUGAUACAUUGCCGCUUGAAGAAUGUGCAGUAAGCACAGGUGCUAUGGUGGAUUUUCUUCAAAAAGUCUAUUUGAAGGAUACAAACUAUGCGGACAAAGUUUUUGAAGAUAUAAAAAUAUUACAACAACGACAUUUUGCAGCAUUUGACGAAAUGAAUGAAGCGUUAAACGCCAAUGCAUUAGAAAAAUCGAAUCCCUCUUCAGGUGUAUCAGCAAUUAAUUGA